AUGUGGCGGCUCGUGACGGCCGGCGACUCCGGGGGCAACCCCUACCUGAUUUCUCUGAACAACAACGUGGGCCGGCAGUACUGGGAGUUCGAUCCCAAGGCGGGCACCCCGGAGGAGCGAGCCCGCGCGGAGGAGUUUCGAAAGAGAUUCACGGAGAACAGGCACGCGCGGCACCACUCUGCAGAUGAGCUGCUGCGCCUGCAGGCCGCGGACAAGAUCAAAGCGGCGGGCGUCCGGGUGUCCAAAGAUGCCGGCAUUCUCGAGGCGCAGGGGCCGGUGGCAGCGUCGCAAGUUGAGCACCAGAUCCUGUGCGGGUCGAAGUACUACGCGGCGCUGCAGCAGCACGACGGUCACUGGGCGGGGGACUAUGGCGGUCCCCAAUUUUUGCUGCCGGGGCUGGUGAUAGCCUUGUACACGGCGGGCGCGCUGGACAGAAUUUUUGGGCCAGAAGCCAAGGCCGAGGUCUUGAGGUACCACAUGAACCACCAGAACGAAGACGGCGGGUUUGGGCUGCACAUCGAGGGCCAUUCGACGAUGUUUGGAACGUCUUUGGGGUAUUGUGUGAUGCGAAUAAUGGGUGCAGAUCGCGAUGACAAGAUAGUGGCGGCCGCUCGCAAGUGGAUUCAUGAUCGCGGUGGUAUCCAGCACAACACGUCCUGGGCCAAGUUUUGGCUGGCUGUUUUGGGUGUAUAUUCAUGGGAUGGUGUGAACCCCUUGACUCCCGAAAUGUGGCUCUUGCCAUAUGCCUCUUGGACAGGCAUUGGCCUCCUGCAUCCUGGAAGGAUGUGGUGUCACUGCAGGAUGGUGUACUUGCCGAUGAGCUAUGUGUAUGGAGUGCGAGGCACCUGCAAGGAGACAGAUCUUGUCAGGCAAUUGCGGGAGGAGCUUUACCCAGUGGCAUAUGAUGGGAUCGACUGGAACGGCGCAAGGAAUCUGUGUGCAAAGGAAGAUUUGUACUAUCCCCACCCUCUUAUACAGGACGUGCUGUGGUGGUUUCUGUACAAGUGUGAGUACUUGCUGAUGGGCUCAUCACUCAGGAAGAAGGCUCUGAAAGAAACUCUCAAACUCAUACACUAUGAGGAUGACAGCACACGGUAUGUAGACAUUGGACCUGUAAACAAGGCAUUGAACCUGCUGGCAUGCUGGUUUGAAGACCCAGAUUCAGUGGCGUUCAAGAGGCACCUUGCACGUGUGCCCGACUACCUGUGGGUGGCUGAGGAUGGCAUGAAGAUGCAGGGAUACAAUGGAUCGCAGCUUUGGGACACAGCCUUCUCUGUUCAGGCGCUGGUCGCAACGGGCCUGGGGCAGGAGAUUGGAGGCUGUCUGAAGCUGGCGAAUCAAUAUUUAGAACAAACACAGGUGAGGGAAGACCCGGCUCCCCCUUUGGAGGAAUUCUAUCGCCACAUCUCGAAGGGCGCCUGGGCGUUCUCCACGAAAGACCAUGGCUGGCCAAUUGCAGAUUGUGCUUCAGAGGCCUUGAAGGCAGUGUUUGCAUUGGGGACUUUGCCUGAAAAGCUUGUUGGCCCGCCAAUUCCCGAUGACAGACUGUUCGACUGUGUCAAUGUCAUCUUGUCCUAUCAGAACCCGAGUGGGGGUUGGGCAACUUACGAAAACACGAGGAGUUACUCCUUUGUUGAGCUGUUCAAUCCUGCUGAAACGUUUUCAAACAUCAUGAUCGACUAUGACUACGUUGAGCUGAGCUCAUCCAGCAUGACAGCCCUCUGUGAAUUCAGGAAGAAAUAUCCCAACCACAGAGCUAAGGAGAUUGACACUGCUUUGGCCAGAGGGAAGAAGUUCAUCCAGAGCAUUCAGAGGAAUGACGGGUCGUGGUAUGGAUCGUGGGGUGUGUGCUUCACCUAUGGCACUUGGUUUGGGUGUGAGGCACUUAGUGAAUUGGGCGAGUCUUACAGCACCAGUGACUCUGCAAGGAAGGCGUGUACAUUUCUGUUAGAGAAGCAACGGAAGGAUGGUGGAUGGGGCGAAAGCUACAAGUCAUGCCAGGAUCGUGUAUAUUCUCAGCUGGAAGGACUUUCGCAUGUUGUUAACACAGCAUGGGCGAUGAUGUCGCUGAUGGCAGUUGGCUACCACAAGGUCGACCCCCUCCCAUUGCAUGCAGGCGCUCGCUUUUUAAUGAGUAUGCAAGAGGAGAAUGGGGAUUGGCCACAGCAGCACAUCAGUGGUGUGUUCAACAAGAACUGCAUGAUCAGCUACUCUCAGUACAG